UGUAUUUCAUUAUGCAAAGUCAGUAAUUGCACAUAAUGACGGUAACACAACUCAGUUUGCCGAGUACUGACGACCUCCCUAACUGGAAAUCGCGGCGCCUCAGAGGUUACAUCAACCCACAGAGAAGCGUCGACUUUGAGGAUUCAAUCCAAGGAAAGGAGAAUGUCUCCGGAGGGAAGUCCUUGCCCCAAAGAAAAUCAGUGGUCCUCCUGAAUUCUGCCAACCUUGCCAAAGCUUCAAUGUCACAAUUCUGUACAAUGCCAGCUGGAGAGAGGAAGAAGUGUGCAGCAGCUAUUUGCCGAGAGGUCCAUGGUACCAAUGGGGACGUCAUGGAUCUCGGAAAGAAGCUCUGCACUCCUAAAGACAUUAUGUUGGAGGAGUUAUCGUUGCUUUCCAACAGAGGUUCUCGCCUUUUUAAAAUGCGCCAGAGGAGAUCUGACAAAUACACAUUUGAAAGUAUCCAAAAUGAGGCAAACGCGCAGCUAAAUAAUGAUAUUUUAGCUGAGGGUACACACACUGUGGAAAUUAAAGUGGAUGCACCCACCCAUGGAAAUACUGCUAAUGCAGAAACCUCUGUUUCAGAUGCGACUGCAGAGAAGUUAAACACCACAGCUAUGCCCAAGUCCUAUCACUCUCCAUGGGAGGAGGCAAUCCUCGGUGACCCCGACCUCGCUGAAACUCUCAAACUAAGAAUGCCUGAACUAGACUCACGACCUGACCUUCCUGAAUACAAAUGCUUUAACCGGGUUGCCACUCCUUAUGGUGGCUUUGAGAAAACUCCCAGAGGAAUCACGUUCAAACUCCCGGAGGUGGACCUGAACCCGCCGAGUUACCCAGAACUCCAGGAGCCGGGGAUUAAGAGGCCCACCUUCAACAGAACAGCCCAGGGAUGGAUAUCUGAGGGCACCCAUCUGAUCCUUCCCACUUUUACCGUGGAGCCUGCCGACGUGCCAGAGUCUGAUGACCUGUAGGUGGUUGUAUGUAAUCUGGCAACAUGAUGUUGGCUGUAAUAUUGUGGCCUCAGCCUGCGAUGACAACAAAACAGUCAAUUAGUAGCACAGUUGCAAAUCCUUAACAGUAUUUUGGAUUGUUCCCACGCAAUGGACACGAAAUGUUUCAUUCUUUUGUUCUUCAGUUGACUAGUAUGUUUGCUGUCGCUAGAAAAACUGUUUCCAAAGAAAGUCAUGUAAAUAGCCAAAAGAAUGUGCUAUACAGAAUUCACAAAAGCCAGAGUUUCCACUGAUACUGAAAACAAAACUGUAAAUUUUUAUAAAUUUUCAAAUGAAAAGAGAAGUAUGUAAUGUAAAUAAAGAAUGCAACUUAUUUAUUGAUGGCACAAAAUCAAAACUGGAUCAUGCAGUAGGUUAUAUAGUUUGUAGAAUUUUUAUUAUAGAUAGUAGAACAAAUAUAUACAUUAAUAUAUAAGUGAAACUGAAAAUUUCACGUUAGGUAUAUUUAUAGCUCUAUAGAUAUAAUAUAUAAAGAUUGAAUUGAAAUGAGAUAAAAGUGGAAGCUCUGUUUCAUGUCAAGGUCCCAUAUCCUCGGAAGAGGAUUCAGAGUAUUUAAGCAGAAGAAAAAGGGGAUUUCACAGUGCAACCGAGAUUAAUUUAUCUUGAGAAAAUCACAGAGAGAUCACCAAUCUGGGAGGAAGACCGAGGAACCUGGACUUUGACCUGUGAUGGCAUGGAGCCGUGCUAAAGCGCUUCUAAUUAGAAUCACUGCAUCUCAUGGACUCAAAACCUUUGAAUUUGUAUGUAUACAAGAAACAACCACUCCCUGCUGAGAAUCAUGUAACAUGGAAACUGUCACACCUGCCUUGUUUUGAGUGCAAUGACAGUAAAGAAGAAAUUAUA